AUGGGUAAGACAAGGAGUAUGAAUAGAAAGAAAAAGCAUGAUUUUGCAUAUGGUAUGGACAGGAUCAAGAAUUGGUCAGAUCUUCACCAUGAUGUGCUUAUUUUGGUUAUGAUGCAACUUGGAGGUGUUGAUUUUCUUGCAUUCAGUGGAGUUUGUAAGUCAUGGAGAUCACUUGCAGUUUCUAAUAGGAACAAGUUUAUGGUGUCCAGACCACCCAUGUCCAUAUUUGUCUCUAUCGUUGCUAAUGAGGAUGAGUACUAUUUAGAGGAUUUUGAAGGAAGAAAGUUCAAAAUCAGCCUUCCCCAUUUUGCUGCUGGCAUGAGCUGUAUUGGGGUAACUGGUGGUUACUUGAUUUUGAUCAAUCAGAAAACCUACGACUGCUGGCUUGUGAAUCUUAUUAAAAGGCAUGGACUUCAUUUCCCUAAUGCCCACUUUAGAAUCUUUUGUUGCCAUGGAUUUUUCAGGUCUACCCUUGUCUUUUCAUCUUCAAUAUCUGAGUGGGUGUUUGUAGUGUUGAAUAUAUCCCAGGAAAAAAUAUGGUUUUGUAUAGCAGGCAAACCAGAAUGGACCGAAAUCUCCACUCCUUUCAACAUCGUUAAUUUUCAUGGUUUCAAGGGGAAGAUAUAUGCCCUGAUACACUCUCAAUCGCAUGGAGUCAGGCUAUAUGGAAUGGAACUCUUUCCAAAGCUUAAACUGGUGUUACUCAAAACCGAGAAUUUUACGACUCCAGAUUUCGGAUCUCCGAGGAAAACCAGAUGA